UGCAUAAAUACACACAGCUCAGCUGCAUUUUCUUUCCUCUGCUCAGUUCACUGACUGUUUCUGUUUCCCUUUCUUUCUCCGGAUUCUGAAGCAAACAAAUCGCAUUUUUUCGCUGCGGAUUUCCGUUUAUCAAGAAACUCUCGGAUUUAAUGCGGAUUUUUUCUUGAUUUCUGCGGCGGUAAUUCUUUGCUUAUAAUCUACGUCGGCAGUUCGGGAUUUUCGCCGAGUUCCGUUGAUUCUAUAUCGGAUCUUUCGUCGGGAUCCGGGAGUUCUUGAUAAAUGUCGCCGUCCUGAACCUGCAUUCUCUCGGUUUCUCGCUGGCGUAUUAGGACUUGCACCUAUAUGAACCAUACAAGACACCAGGGUUGAAGAAUAGUGUGCAUUGCUCUUUCUUUGUACCCUUGCAGCACGACAAAAUCUAAUUGAUGCCAUCCAAUCGAAGAACAAGCAAUGAAUGCUUUCAACCAGAACCUGCCAGGAAUAUGGGAAGUUUAGAGGCAAGAAAUGCUUUAAAAAAGCAGCAAAACUCAAAGAGAGUGAAGGAACCGGUUCAACUCUCCCAAGGAAAUAGGCGAAAUUUACAGAAUCGUGUUUCUCAGAGAACAGCAAAAUCUUCAGGGGAUUGCCAGGAGCACCGUGUCAAGAGAACAGCAACAAAGGAUGAUGAGCUUGUGAAGCAUAUGUCAAAGUUGCCAGGUUACCUACAGCAUGUUGAGAAACAGGAAAACAUCCAAGAGAAGGCAUUAAAUGUUGGAGUCUUGGACUGGGGAAAUCUACAAAAAUGGAAGCACAACCACAAGGGCAGUCCAUUGAGAGGGGGCAAUAAUGUAUCUCCUAAAAGCAACUCCUUAUCUUUGAAAACCACCACCAAGUCGUUUUCCCUUCCUAGCACAGUUCCUGGGGGUGCUCUAGCUAAUAAAAGAAGGCAACUUGAGUUGAUAAAGAAAGAGUUGCUGGACUCAGAAACUGACAACAAAAGUAGCAGUUCUUUAUCACGGAAAUCUGGUGCCAAGUCAGGGGCCCUUCCUCGCACCUUUCCAGGGUAUGGUCUUUCUGAUAAAAGUAAGCAACCUAAAGUGAGGGAGAAACAGUUGCAGGACUCAGCAAUUGAUCUUGGGCAUGGUCUAUCUGCGACAAGUAAGCAACUUGAAGAGAAGAAGAAAGAGUUGCAGGAUUUAGAAAAUGAUGAUCCUCAUCAUCUGCCUGGUGAGCUCAAGAGUAUAGUUCUUCUUCUACCCAAAAGAUCUGAUCAAGAUAGCCCCCUGGUGGAGCCUCCAGAGUCACCAGAUGAGAAUUUGAUGGAAGCAAAGUCUCCUGAUGACUUCACUCAGAAGUCUGAGAAACCACACUCUGAGAUUCCUUCCUUCUGUGAACUACCUUCCAGGGUUGACUGGGGACCUGCACCAGACAUGAGAGCAGAGGGUUUGGAGCUUUCAUUUUUCAAUUCACAAAACAAAGGCAAUAAGCUCUCACCAAGUGAGUGUGCAGAACAGAAUGAGGUUGAGUCUGAGAAUGCAAAUAAUGAAACUUUGAAGAUGCUGGAUCAAGAGAUGGCAGAACUUGCAAACAGGAAAGGCAGUAAUCAAUCACCACAUGGCCGUUUUAGUUUCAGCUUAAGUCGGAUGAGUAGAAGUUUCAGUUUUAAGGAAGGGCCAGUCGUCCAGCAAUUGAGCUCCAGGAAUGUUUCUGUCAGGUCUGGUCCACUGAGAGCCAAUGCUUCUGGCUGUUUGGAUGAUUCAAUCAGAGAGAAGUUGAAAGCUCAAAAUAGAACCAGAUCUAGCCCCUUGAGGAGGAUGCUAGACCCACUUCUGAAGCCCAAGAGCUUAAACCCCCUUGGUUUUGCUGAAAUUCUUCAUCCCUUGAAAGGAAGCUUGAAUUCCAAUGACUUUACCCCAAUGAUUGCCGUUGGAUCAUUUAAGAAAGAAAAACCUGAUCCAUCAACAACCCAAGCACUUAUGCAGCUUACAUUGAAGGAUGGAUUCCCGAUGUUUAAAUUUGUGGUCAACGACAGCAGUAACAUUCUUGCAGCCACUACUAAGUUUUCACCAUCAUCUGGGGGCGAUGACAUGGGUCAGAAUUAUACUUUCUACUCUGUUAAUGAAGUUAAGAGAAAGAUUGGAAGCUGGAUAAGUCAAGGAAGCAAGGAGAAAAGUUGUAGCUAUGCAUAUGAUACUAUUGGUCAAAUGACAAUGUCUAAUUCCCAUAUCUCAGAUGUGAAGGAUUCCAACACUCAGUAUCUAAUUAGGGAGUCUGUUCUGUUUGGUGUUGAGUGUAGACGAGCAAAUCAAGCUUCGCAAGUAUACACUCACAAUAUAGAGCUUGCAGCUGUUGUUGUCAAAAUGCCCAGGGAAGAAUUAAGUCAUGGCGUACAGCGAAGUUGUAAAGAUACAAAUAAGAGGGUCUUAACAGAAUCUUUGCCCGAGGAUGGAUGCUUUUUUAAUUUCGAUGAAAAGGAAGGCACUAAAAAUAUUGUUAUACUUCCAGGUGGUAUUCACAGCUUGCCAAAGAAAGGAGCACCUUCCUCACUGAUUCACCGAUGGAGGUCCGGUGGAUCAUGUGACUGUGGAGGUUGGGAUGUUGGCUGCAAGUUACGUAUCCUAUCCAAUCAGAAUGGCAGUUGUAAGAAUCAAAUGACAUGUCAAGCAAGCCCAAGUUCUGACCACGUUGAACUGUUUGCUCAGGGAGAUACUCAACGGAGCAGGCUUAUCUUCAGCUUAGCUCCACAUAAGCAUGGAUUAUACACAAUUGAAUUUGAUUCAUCAAUCUCUGCAUUGCAGGCCUUCUUUAUUUCAUUGUCAGUUAUAUGCUGUCAAAAAUCAUCCAAUCUCUUCGAAGUCAGUAGCCUGUCUAAAGAAAAAGCUUUUGAGGAGUCAGAGCUGAAGAGAAGUGAUGGAGUGGAAAGUAAACCCAUACUCGGAAAGAUGCCUGCAAAAUAUGCGCCAAACCCACCACUCUCCCCAUUUGGAAGAGCAUAGUCUCAAAGUGGGAGUUACUUUGCCUUUCAGGUACGUCGCAACUCCUUUGGAAAAAGCAUAGAAUUAGUGUCAAGCUUUUGGAAAGAAUUUGAUGUGAUGGAAGACUGCUUGACCAUUGUAAUUUUGGUAUUAGUUGCUAGGCAAUACCGACAUUUAGCAUGUAUAAAGAAAGCAACGCCAUACUACAUACCGUGCACCUUUUAAGUACAGAGACCAGAACACAACCCAUCUGCAAUUUAUGCUUUUGGAUAGUCAGGUAGGUCAGUGUUUUUCUUUUUGUGGUACAUAUACAAAUUAGUUCUUUUUAUCUGUCGUCGAAAAUCCAGUUAUGAAACUCUGCUCAUAAACUUUCAAUCAAGUCUCCCUCAUUUUAGCCAACGGACAUGAUAGAUCCACGAAUCCUCUUCACUGGGGAACCAUUUUUACAUAAGAUUGCGUACAUUUAUGCCUGUAGU